AUGACGUCGUUACAAAAUCAACAACUGGACGCGUACUAUAACGAGCAGCCUCUGCAGACAUUUUACAAUUCUCAGCAGCCACACCAAAUGAUGCAAAGUCAUUUGGACCAAAAUACAAGGUCACCAUACUACAGCAAUGGUUCUUCGACGGCAUAUGAUCCUUCCACAGAUACAAAUCCACAGAAUGAAUUCUACGCUCAAGAAGGUUUACCUGAUGAGUCCACUAGUAAUCAUCAGAGUCAAGGGCACAUGCCAGCUGUACAUCAUAUACCACAUCCACCCCCAGCCGAAGAACUGAUUGAACAACCAUUUUAUGUCAACGCGAAGCAGUAUCAUCGUAUAUUGAAAAGAAGAAUAGCACGUGCAAAACUAGAGGAAACGUUGAAGAUUGCCCGCACGCGGAAACCUUACUUGCAUGAGUCGAGACAUAAACAUGCCAUGAGGCGCCCAAGAGGCCAAGGUGGAAGGUUUCUUACCGCUGCCGAACUUGCCGAGCAAGCACGAUCAAAAAAACUGAGCGAAACGGAGAACGGACAUGUGAGUAACGGUGAAAUCAAAAGUGAGGGUGAAUUCACAAGCAUGUCCUCUAAUGCCCCAUCUGCAAACACCACUCCAAACAUUAACACUACAACAGAGACAGACUCAGUUCCAAGAGAUGAUCCUAUAUUUCAAACCCUUAUAAACUCUCCUAAUUAG